AUGAGCAACCAGGGAGGUUACUACAAGGGUUACAACACAAACAACAACACGAACCUCUCUUAUCGCAGCACCAAUGUGAGAAUCCAAGAUCAAGUGUAUCCACCUCAACAAAACCAAAACCAAGGAGGACAACAAACCGUGUACUUCAAGCGAGGUUACCCACCAAAGGUUUUUGGGACAACUAGUGGAGCUACCGAGCUCAACACCAAGCUAGCCGAGAUCAACAACAAAGUAGACUGCUCUUACAAUGAUCUCAACAAGAAGUUGGAAUCAUUGAACUCAAAGUUCAACACUUGGAAGCUAAGAGCCACAACAUUCCAUCUUUCUUCAAAGGGAAUGCUUCCUGGAAAAGCAAUUACCAAACCCCAAAGAGUAUGUGCAAGCAAUUACUCUUAA